AUUUAACUUUCGAUUUUUUUAUUAUUUUCGGAAAAUGUUAAUAAAUAGAACAUUAGUGAUUCGAGCUUUAAAUAGUAUUCUGUUUUAUACUCCACAGUCAUAUUGAGGUACUGGUAUAGUUUGGACAGGUGUAGUUUCAGAACAAGGUCGUUCACGAAGUAAUUUUGCUCCAUGGCUGACGUAAAGGACGAGAUAACAACCCUGAAGUGUGGCCCAUGCUUGUUCGAUGGCGACUCAGUGGAGCCAACGCAUUUCUAGCUAGCCAUUUUGAGGAAGUGGCCUGAUUUCUAACGGGAUAAGUUCGUUCGCUAACCCUCAACUGGGCUCGGACCACUGACCCCUGGAGUAAAAGUCUAACGCUUAGACCAGACUGACAUUAGUGCUCAUACAAUUAGGGUUAAUCUUUGUAAAUGGCCGACGUAAUCCAAGAAACAACUACACUGAAAUGUGGACCUUGUCUUUUUGAUGGAGACACAGUUGAGCCAAAACAUUUCUGUAUAAAUUGUCUUGAAUACCUGUGUCCUGGGUGUGCACGAGAACAUCGAAAGAACAAGUUAUCUCGUGAACAUACAAUACUUGACGACAGUGAAUUUACGCAGGAUGUUACACUAUUUGAAGAGAUGAAGAAACUGUCGUACUGUCCAAAACAUCCUAAUGUGGAAGUCGAUCAACACUGCGCAAGUCAUGAUGUUUUAAUAUGCACGUAUUGUUUACAGAAUGACCACAUGCUUUGUGAAGGGAUUACAAACCUUGCAUUUUCACUGGGAGAGAUAUCCAAAUCUAAAAACCAGGAUGAACUUAUUAAUGAUCUUAUGACGACAUGUACAGCGAAACAAACUGAAUUCUUUACCAAUUUCAAAGAAGCCCAAAUUAAUUUAAGUGCAGUUGAAUUUGAAAUUAACAGUUUUAUUCAGACAUUGAAAGAUGUUGUUCAGAAGCUUGAGAGAACAUUGAAUGAACAGUUUAAAAAAGUGACACAACAUUUUAAACAUUCUGAAGAAACGUUGUCAAAGAUUGUCAAGAAAGCAUCAUUUUACGAAACUAUGAAAACGAUAACGUCGAAGCAUGGCACAGCAAGACAGAAUAUUGCUUUAAACUUCAAAUUAGCUCUGUUACUUAAAGAACUGGAAUCAAAUGAUUCAAUUGAAUCCGUUUCUUCUAAACAAAUUCAAUUUUUAAAAUCAAACAAUUUCCAGGAUCUGAUUAGCGAGUUGGAUCAAUUCGAUGUUAUUUUGAGAUCUAAGAACGAAUGGGCCUCCGACAUUUGCAGUGAUGAAGAAUCCCUGUAUGAAGAUGCUUUGGACCUGCCUGAAACGAAUAAACGAGAUGAGGCGACGCAAGUAGAACAACUUAUGAUCGCACAUGAAUUGGGUCCGAAGAAGCCUUUGCACCGUUUGGAUGUAAAGCAUGACAAUAUACGAUUGUUGAAGAUUGAAAGCCAGAAGCCUGAAGAAGUAUUGUGUUCUAUAGUAGCACUUCACGUUUUAUCUGACGGAAGAAUAGUAUUAUUGCAACAAGGAAACAAUUUGAAACUACAUUCACGCACAUUACCAAUAAUCUCAAAACUCCAGUUGAAACACAAUGUUAAAGACAUGUGUAUUAUUGAUCAAAACAGACACGGAUUAUUUACAGUAGCUGUUUGCUUUGAACAAUCGCGAACAAUAACGUUCAUAGAACAUGAUGUCACAUUUCAGGAGAGGCACACUAUCCACUGCAGUAACAAUGUCGUUAGUAUAUCAAUGUAUGUUCACCAUUUGGUAGCCCUUGUCGAAACGAAGGGUUUAAAAUCAUCUUAUGAAAUUCAGCUUCUGGACAAAUCGACUGGUCACGCUUGUUACGCGUUUGAUGAAUUCAAAGGAAUAAAUUACAAACACAACUGGCAUGGAACAGAUGUGGCAAUUGACAGGCCUACACGAAUAUAUGCAUGCACAACCACUUUGAAACUUAUAUUAGCCGAUGCAAUUACAGUUUACAUCUUUAAGGUUGAAGAUGGUGAUUGUAAACACCAAACAUUGUGUGCAGUAGGCCAAUGCGUGUGGAAAUAUAUUGAAGCGUUCAACUAUAUUGAUCCGUACAGCAUAACACCUAAGCUUAACAAUAUAAGAGAUGUUAAAUGUGAUUCACAAGGAAAUGUGUUAGCUUUAACAAAGUCAGAUUUAUAUCAGAUACGUCAGCCUUACGGCAAUUUCAAUUUGCGAUGUCUUAUUUCUGGUUGCCGAACCGCUGCUGCAGUGGCGAUAGACGAGUACAGUCAGAGUAUAGUGUUAGGCCAUCAGAAUGCAGAUCGUGCGCACGUGUAUAGCUACAGCUUUCCUACAGACAAAUGAUGUUUCUGCAAUGUUUUAUACUCGAAACAAAGCUUACACAUUUUGUCUCAUGUUGUACGUAGAUUGUAUUAAGAAAUUAUGGUAUUUAUUGUUUGACACAUUGUAGUUGCGUGUCAAGUAAGUGUGAAUGCGCAUGUGUUGAAGUUCAUUCGUGGUAUUGUGUAACAAGGAGACAAUCACACAUGGAGGUAAAAGGAUCGAAUUUGGAAUUUAAAAUGUUAAUAUCUGAACAUCCCUUUACGUUUUAACAUUUUUCCAUUACCCCACCUUAGAUGAUGUGUGUAUUCAUAGAUAAUCAUACAAUUAUUGUUUGUAUAGCAUGUAUAUAAUUUUGCAAAUUUACUUUGUCAGUGAAUUAACAACCGCCUUACGAGAUGAAUCAGUAUAUCAGCUAUCAGUGUACAAUCAUUGUUGUAUCUGAUACUUAUAUUUUGCCACAUUUACUUAUCCGGUAAAGCAUAUAACCACACAUAUGUACAUUCACACAUAUUUAUCUUCAAUUUCGUGCAUGUGUCAUAUAUAGAUAUUGUAUCAAACGUUUUUACUUUUUAGGGACAGUGUGCAUUGAAGUUUUGCAGAAAUACAUAGAUGUAUCUCUACUGAUAUUGUGUACAUAUCGUAAACUUUGGUAUUUGUAAGAAAAUAUUGAAAUAAAAAAUAAACGCCAUGUACAUAAAAUCGUGCAUUAACAUAUGUAAAUGUAUGUCUCCUAAAUUGUGCAUAGGGUGUCAAUGUUGAAAAAACAUGUUAGAAAGUUCAUUAUAUGUAUAUUAAAGCUCAUUAUAUGUAUAUUGUAUGUGACUCCAUUCACUUUGUUCAUAUAUCAUUGUUUGUAAUCUCACAACAUUCGACUGACCAGAUUAAACCAUCGAUUCCUCG